AUGGAACAAGCUAUGUUCAGAGAAGAUGAGGUGAAUACAAGGCCACUUUGCAUCUCUGUGUUCAAACGCUUAAAGGGCAGACAACCACCUCGCAUCUCAGUCUUUCAACGCUUGGAGAGCCCUUCAAAUUUUCAACGAGAGAAAGUCCAUAAUAAGAGGAAAUGGAAGGUUAAGAAUCAAGAUAAAUCCGUGUUCAAAACAGUCAAAAGGGUGAAAAUAAAGGAUGACGAUGCCCAAGUCAACUGCACCUCUUUCAAAGAAACAGUGGGUCAAGACAAUAGCCCUCCAGAUAACGAGGAAUUUGUUGACAUAGUCCAACCAGCUGCACCACAAAUGGAGGAGGGAGGUCAAGCCACGAUUGGUAAUCUCCAAGAAAUUAAUCUUGGUACAACUAACAGUCUUAAACCCAUCUUUAGUACCAAGAUGUAUUUGCAUGGGGGUUAUCAAGACAUGCCAAGUUUAGACCCAAACGUUGCAGUUCACAAACUUGGGAUACCUAAUGAGACUCGAUGGGUGAAGCAAGCUCCACGCCAUUUUUGGCCAGAGCUAACAAUCCAAAUAGAAAUAGAGAUUGACAAGCUUAUUGCCGCUGGUUUUAUCCGAGAUGUCCAAUAUCCCACCUGGUGGUCUAAUAUUGUCCCAGUCCUCAAAAAAACUGGGGCACUAUGUAUAUGUGUGGACUAUAGAGACAUCAAUGAUACAUGCCCAAAAGAUGAGUUUCCACUUCCAAUUACAGAAUUAUUGGUAGACGCAACAACCAGUUUCGGUGCUCUAUCGUUUAUGGAUGGAUUCUCGGGUUACAACCAAAUAAAAAUGGCUCCAAAGGAUUAA